CGCGGGUCCAGGUCCACGCAGACUAUCGGAUCUUCUCAGGUGAACGUGCGCAGCCCUCACGCGCUGUUAUCAACGCCAACGAGCUGCGACGGUUGGCUUUUUACCACCGCUGAGACAUCCAGCCUUUACACAAUUACAGGAGUUAUUUUUGGCUGUUUUUUGCGGAAUAUAAACACAGAGAACACUUGCUAUUAAAGGGUGCGAGGAAGACUUCUGAAAAAUGCCUACUUGUCGGUGAAGGUUGCAGAGCGGUGGCUAGGUCACAGCUGUCUGUCAAGGCUAACAUGGAGCGAGAGGGCUCGUUAAGGAGGAGUCUCCAUAGCAAGCUGAGGUUGGGCAGCGGCUCGUCCUCCAGUCUGACCGACCUCUCACAGGGGAGAACCUCAGGAGGAGACAAAGGAGGAACAACUGGAGGACUGCCAGAGGAGUGCAACAGGGACAAAGGGACCCAGCAGAGGAGGGCCGGGGCCAACGCCACCUGGAACAGCAUCCACAACGCAGUGAUAUCAGUUUUCCAGAGGAAGGAUCUGGGGGAAAAUGAACUCUACACUCUGAAUGAAGGUGUCAGACAGCUGCUGAAGACGGAGCUGGGCUCCUUCUUUACUGAGUACCUUCAAAACCAGCUGCUCACUAAAGGCAUGGUGAUACUGAGAGACAAGAUCCGCUUUUAUGAAGGUCAGAAGUUGCUGGACUCCCUGGCCGACACAUGGGACUUCUUCUUCUGUGAUGUUCUGUCCAUGCUGCAGGCCAUCUUCUACCCUGUACAGGGAAAGGAGCCAUCAGUGCGUCAGUUGGCUCUCCUCCACUUCAGGAACAUCAUCACCCUCAACCUGAAACUGGACGAGGCUCUGUCUCGACCACGAGCCAGAGUUCCUCCUUCUAUCAUACAGAUGCUGCUAAUACUGCAGGGAGUCCAUGAAUCUAAAGGCGUAACAGACGACUACCUUCGUCUGGAGUCUCUCAUCCAGAAGGUGGUCUCUCCCUACCUCGGGACUCAUGGGUUAUAUUCCAGAGAUGGAUCUUCCAAUUUGCACUGCUCCUCCUGCCUACUAGAAAAGCGUCUGCAGCGCUCCUGGCCCUCCAAACCAGGCAGCUCUCCCAUCGCCAAGAACCCAGUGGUCCGCUCUAAGAGCUACAACGUUCCCAUGCUGACCCCCGUGGUGGAGUAUGACACAGACUCCUCCACAGGAGGUGGCACAGGUAUCAGACGACACUCCGUCUCUGAGAUGACUUCCUGUGUGGAAGAGAGCAGCUCUUUGGCUGAAUCCACAACCACUGCCACAAAAAACACCAGCAGGUCCAGCACACCCAGCCUCGCCAACAGCUCUCCAGUUUCCACAGACUCUACUGCACUUUCAGACACUGUGACCGGCAGCCAGGACCAGCAACCUGGAGAUGCCGACAGUCCGGCAGGACCUCACCGUCUCCAGCCGCAGCAUCCCUCCCCCUGCAUCCUCCCCGAGCCGUCCUCAGGUGAGGACACGCACUGCACAGGCUCACUGGUGUCAGACUCCCCCGCAUCCUCCAGAGUGCUGGCUGCAGACACCAGCUCUGGUCCCAGUCCUUCGUCCAGUCUGGAGAUCAUGAUGGAUCACAUCCCGGAGUCUUUGGACUCUGAACCGGAACACGACGGCAUCUUUCUGGACUUCUCACGACUCAAACCCACAUCUAAGGAAAUAAACACUGACGCAGGCACGUGUGCAAACAAUGCUGAGCCAUGACGACAUUCCUCACACUGCAUGACACUUCCUGCUGUUUUAUGGACACUUUAGCUCAUCAGGGAUCCUUUGAAGCUAAAUUAUUUUUUUAGAAGAUGUGGUCACCCAUCCCUGGAAACAGAUUUAACCUCAUGCUGAAUGGUAAAAAUAUAAAAUUGGCCUUCUUAGAAAACAUCAGCACUGGCCUCUCUUGGAAGCUGUGAUCACAUAAGUGACUCCUCUAUCAGAGGUGAUUUUUACCAAUUUUUUUCUUAUAGAUGAAGACUUGGAAAAAACAUGGAUAACUCAUCCCAGGGGCAGUUGCACAUGCUGAUAUAUGUUUUGUAAUCGUCAAAUACCUCUUUAAGAGUAGGGUUUUUCAAAAACUUUGGCUGUCAAAUUCAAACUUUUUUUAACACUUCAAAUGUAAAAGAAACUCUUCGGUUUGACCAGCGAUGCUUCUAUAUUGUCGGCUAUUUUAUUAAUUGAUCAUUAAAACAUUCAUUUUAAUUUUGCACUCAAUGUUUGCACUAAACCUAAGUCUAAACCAUUAUCUCUAGUAUACUGAGAGAAAUGUAUUUAUAGUUCAAGGGAAGAAGGUGGUAGAGAUGGUGUAUCUUAAAAAUGUAAAAAUGCUUUCAUGCCUCAUCUGUAUAAGAUCAGUGAUACAUUUCAGGUGGCAUUGUUUCCUGAUGAUCAAAGCAGAGCCAUUUUUGCAGGUACCAUCAAAAUAA